AUGCUGCCGAACCGCCAGAAGGUCGACAUCAGCUCGUUCUCCGAGCAGGAGAAGGAGCUCUUCCAGAAGUACGGAAAGGUCCCAGCCCACAAGAACCUGCUCGCCAACAAGCUCAAGGAGCGCAAGUACUUUGACUCGGGCGACUACGCCAUGUCCAAGGCGGGCGUCUCUCCCCCUCAAUCCGUCGGCACGGCCAUCCCCUCUCCCGCCGACAUCCCUCACGCCUCUCCGCCCUCGAACCAGUCUGGCGCGCAGAACAUUCCCGGCGCGUCGACGAGCCCGAACAGCGGAGGUUUCCACGGCGGAAGCGGCAGCCCCGGCAGCCCUGGUAGCGGAGGGGUCGGCGUCGGCGUCAGUCCUGGGACGUACGGCUCGCCCAGCAAGGAGCCGAUCUCGAUGCACCACCCGCACAGGUCCUGA